AUAGAUUGAAGUUGUGUUUAAAGACCCUGAGGACAUUAGUGAAGGUUUGAUGUCUUUACGGUCUACGGUUUCGGAGGAGUAGCGAUAACAAGGUUUUUAAUGAAAAGGGCAAUAACUUUUAAAGGGGUCAAACUUUGGGGACAAGAAUGAAAUAUUUGAAAUAGUUUUAAGAGGACAUAUUAAAGAUGCUAAGAUAUAUAGUAUAUGUUGAAAGACAAAAAAGAUAGAAAAAGAGCUUAAUUUCUCAUUUUUGGAAUGACCUUGACCUUUGACCUUUGAAAUAUUUUAAGGUCAAAGGUCAAUGAAUCUUAUGCAGUUGGUCCCAUGUCUCUACGACUUAUCGUUUUGAAAAUUUUUAAUUAUUUGUAAACAUCAAAAACUUUCAAGGGCAAUAACUCAUAAAAGGGGUCCACGAAUACUUUCGCAUUGAAAAGAUUGAAGAGUCCCCUCAAUUAGUCGAAGACAUCGGUGAAGGUUUUGUACCUCUACGGUUUACGGUUUCGAAGAAGUAGCGAUAACAAGGUUUUUCGUACAAGGGGCAAGAACUCCGAAAGGGGUCAUAGGUCAUACUCGUUGGGUAGUUUUUCGAAAUAACUUUUGAUGUCAAGUAUCAUGAACUAUAAAGUUUUUCGAUAAGUCUUUCAGUUCAAAAGGCCGUAGCGGAAAAAUAAUAAUAAUAAUAAUAACUAGGAGACUAAUUGUUCAGAGAACAAUUAGAGGUCUUUCCACCUUUUUAAGUGUUUCCGUGUCAUUUGGGUUGAGAAAAAGUAGAAAAAUGCAAAAAAAGAAAAAAAAAAAAAAAAAAAAAAAAAAAAAAAAAAAAAAUUGCUCCUCCAGCAGGGUUCGAACCCAAAACCCUUGGAUUGAAAGGCAGGUGCGCUAACCAUUCGGCCACGCAUUCUGAUAUCCUUCGUAAGUUAAUUGUUUAAGACUACAGAAGAAAUGCAAGCGUAUUUUUAGAAUCGGUAGGGGAAGAAAGAAGUUCCGUAAAAGGAAAUAGUUCCUGAAUUUGCAAGCAGUAUAUAAAAUAAUAAGGGACGGGCUGCGUGAGAAAACGUUAAUACUGUUCCCUAAGGAAAAAGUAUUAAUGGACUGUAGCCCGAUUCAUCGAUAUUGUGCGCAUGUUGAAUUUUUUGUUAAUAGCUUUCUUGUAAGCUUAAAAGAUCGGGUUCGGAUUUUAACAUUUCUGACUGAAUAUCCUGAAAUAAAUAUGAAACAUUUAAAUAAGCAUUUCUUUGGGUUAAAUUAAAUAUGUGUAUCACAAAUUAAACUCCCAACAUGCAUUUUUAGAAGGGAAACACGACAAUGAAAGCGAGAAUUGUUUUUAAUAUACCGAAAAUCGCUAUUUCUGGAAACUGAUUAAUUCUAAAUAAAAAUCAAAUAAAUUCCAAAUGUAAAAGAAAGAGAGAAUGCUUGGUAUUAAAAUGUUGUAUCAUAUCAGGAGAAUCGUAUGGAAUCCGGAUAGGGCCAUGCAGUUCACUAUCGCAUCAUCGCACCAUCGAGGUUUGAGUCGAUAGUGCGAUGACGCGAUAAUGCGAUGACGAUGAAGCGAUGGUGCGAUAACGAUGAAGCGAUGGUGCGAUGGCGCGAUGACGAUGAUGCGAUGGCACGACAAUGCGAUGACGAUGAUGCGAUGGUACGAUGAAGCGAUAGCGCGAUGACGUGAUGGCACGAUAGCGAUGACGCGAUGGUGCGAUAGCGAUGAUGCGAUGGCGCGAUAGUGAUGACGCGAUGCUAUAUCGUGUCAUCGUUAUUGCUUUAUCGCACUAUCGUCAUCGUGUCAUCGCACCAUCGCUCUAUCGACUAGUACUUUCUAUAACAGGAUAACAUUCCCAGCAGUCAUUGCACAACAUGGCGUUCGUUGACGAAAAGAUUCAAGAAUAUUUCUUUAACGGAUACGAUAAUAAAGAAAUCAUAUUCCUUCUUUGGAGUAAUUAUGGUGUGAAAAUAAGCUGUAGACAUUUGAAAAGGCGCAUGACCAGACUUAAUUUGAGAAGACGGAGAUCAUACAAUGUGGAUAUGGCAAUAAGGGCAAUUCAGGAAGAAAUGAUGUUCAGUGGACAGACUCUUGGGUGUCGUUCGAUGAAACGAAGACUUCUUCAAAAACAUGGCAUCUUUAUAGGAAGGGAUGACGUGUUGUGUUUGUUAAGAAUAAUCGAUCCUGAUGGAGUUGAUCUAAGAGCAAGUCACUGCUUGACAAGAAGAAUGUAUCUAAACAAUGGACCAAAUUAUCUAGUACAUGUUGAUGGGUACGACAAGUUGAAGCCAUUUGGCUUCGCUAUACAUGGUGCAAUGUGUGGAUUUUCAAGACGAAUACUAUGGCUUAAAGUUGCAAGAACAAACAAUGACCCUUCUGUUGUAGCAUCAUAUUUCUUGAAUUACCUGGAGGAAAUAAAUAGUGCUCCAAGGUGUGUGAGACUUGAUGCUGGAACUGAGAAUAUAUACAUUGAGGACAUUCAAAAAUCUUUUCGUUGGUACCAUAAUGAUGACAUGUGUGGAGAAAAGAGUGUAAUCAAAGGAAGAUCGAUGUCUAACCAGAGAAUUGAACGCUGGUGGAGAACACUGAGAGAGAUGGGCAUCUCCUUCUGGAUACACUUGUUCAAAGACAUGGAAGACCAAGGGAUGUUCUCAUCAGCAAAUAACGAGCACAUAGAAUGCCUUCGCUUCUGCUUUAUGAAAAUCAUCCAACAAGAACUUGAUCAGAUCAAAACAGAAUGGAAUAACCAUUACAUCAGAGCACAAAGACUCUAUGAUGAUGAUGGAAGUCUCCCAGGAAAACCAGAAAUGAUGUUUUUCCACCCUGAAAUUUUUGGUGCAGUAGAUUAUAAAUUUCCAGUGGAUAUUCAUGACGUGCUAGAGUUUCAAAGAUUAUUUCCUAGUCCAAGCUCGACAGGAUGUUGUGAGGACUAUGCAGCAUACUUUGAGCAUUUGCUUUUGGAGGGUGGGAGAACUGUUCCAAACACCACUGAGAAGGCCAUGGAGGCUUUGAAGUACUUGGUUGAAAAGUUGUAAAAUCCAAAUUA